AUGCCAAGGAACAAAACCCAAAAUAAUUUAGCUGCACCUACUUGCACCUUUGAGUUGGAGGGGAAACCUUUCGAGUGCACGGUUUGCAGCAAGAAGUUUACUACCGAAAAUUAUCUCAAAAGUCAUCUUGUAACCCACAGGAAGGAGAAACCUUUUGAGUGCAAGGUUUGCAGCAAGAAGUUAAGUACUAGAGGGAAUCUCAAAAGUCAUCUUGUAACCCACAGGAAAGAGAAACCUUUUGAGUGCAAGGUUUGCAGCAAGAAGUUAAGUACUAGAGGGAAUCUCAAAAGUCAUCUUGUAACCCACAGGGAGGAGAAGCCUUUCGAGUGCGCGGUUUGCAGCAAGAAGUUUAGAACAGGAGAGUGUCUUCAAAGGCAUAUUGUAACCCACAUACAGGAGAAGCCUUUUGAGUGCACGGUUUGCUGCAAGGAGUUUAGUACAGAAGGGUAUCUCGAGAGUCAUCUUGUGACCCACAGGGAGGAAAAGCCUUUUGAGUUCAUGGUUUGCAGCAAGAAGUUUACUACAGUGAAGUACCUCAAAAGGCAUCUUGUAACCCACAGCGAGGAGAAGCCUCUCGGGUCAACGGUUUGCAGCAAGAAGUUAGGUAUACGAGGGCAUCUUGUAACUCAAAUGGUUGAGAAGCCUUUCGAGUGCACAGUUUGCUGCAGGAAGUUUAGUACAGCAAGGUAUCUCAAAAGUCAUCUUGUGACCCACAGGGAGGAGCAGCCCUACGAGUGCACGGUUUGCAGCAAGAAGUUUAGAACAAAAGUUUACCUCAAAAGAUAUCUUGUAGCCCACUUGGAGGAGAAGCAUUUGGAUUGUACGGUUUGCAGCAAGAAGUUUAAAACAGAAGUGUAUCUUAAGAGGCAUCUUGUAACCCACAUGGAGGAGAAGCCUUUUGAGUGCAGGGUUUGCAGCAAGAAGUUUAAAACAGAAGAGUAUCUUAAAAGGCAUCUUGUAACCCACAUGAAGGAGAAGCCCUUUUGAGUGCACGGUUUA